UGAUUUUUCUAAUGAGGAUGGAAAUUCAAAAUUUCUACUUUGAGGCAUUUUAAUCUAUUCCACCCAAGAAUCUACAUCUUCAAGUGUGAGUAAUUGUUUUAUUUUACGAGCAGAAAAUCGAUCAGGCUCUUAGUUUAAUGAAAUUCUAUUCUUAUGAGCUUCAUUAAAAUCUAGAAUAUCAACUUAUUCAGCCA